CAAGGGUGAGGAGCACAGCCAGGUGGGCGGGCAGCAGCAUGGACCGGGAGGGCCCCCGGCACCCGGGAUGCCACCGGCGCGGGCACCUGCUGGCUCUGACUGUCACUCUCCUCCUCACCUGCGGGCCAGGACUACCAACAGGAGGGACGGAGAGGGCAGAGACAACUGCUACAGCGCCUUUGACCGCCAGAGUCUCUACUCCCACUUCAAGAAUGCUGACUCGUCUCAUGACUUCCAGUAAAAUGGCCAGCACAAGCACAACUGGAGUGACCAUCACAACCCCAGAUGUUACCCCUGAUGUUCCUGAGAUGACAACCUUGUUGGUCACCAGACCUAGAGCAGAGACCAGCACAGCAGCUCCCAGGACAAUGCCACCUAUUUUCAAUAAAGGAUCAGAGACCAUGUCCUCACUGGCCCCUAGUUCUGGGGAAGAAAUGAGUUCAGCUGUUCCAACUCUGAUUGUUUCCCUUGCUGAGCCAGAGGCCACAACCUCAUGGGCCAUCUAUCCUGCAGAGACCAGCUCAACUGUUUCCAGCACAACUCUGAAUGUUUUCCAUAGUGACUCAGACAGCACACCCUCAGCAGCUACCAGUUCUGGGGAAAAAGUGAGUUCAACUGUUGCAACUCCGACUGUCUCCCCUGAUGUACCGGGGAUGGUGACCUCACUGGUUACUAGUCCUCAGGCAGAGACGAGUAUGGUUAUUCCAACUCUGACUGAUUCCCAAGAUCAACAAGAGACAGAAGCCUCAUGGGUCACCCAUCCUGAAGCACAGAACAGCUCAUCCAUUCCAGCUCCAACUGUCUUCUCUAGUGUGCCAGAGCUGGUGACUUCACUGGAUACCAGCUCUGGGGCUGAGACCAGCCCAACUGAUCAAACUCUAACUGUUUCUCCUGGUGAGUUAGAUACAGUAGUCUCAUGGGUUACCCAUCCUGGAGCACAGACCAGUUCAGACAUUCCAACGCUGGCUCUCUCCCCUGGUGUAUCAAGGGUAGAAAUCUCAGUAGUCACCAGUCCUGGGGAAGAGACUAAUAGAACCUUUUCAACUGUGACUGAUUCUCCACACGAACUAGACACAGCAGCCUCGUGGGUCACCCAUCCUGGGACAGAAGCCAGUUCCAUUGUUCCAACUUUGGCUGCCUCCCCUGGUGAGCCAGAUACAACAGCCUCAUGGGAGCAUUCCUCAGAGACAAGGACACCUGUUUCCAGAACAACUUGGAGUUUUCCCCAUACCGAAUUAGACACUACAUCUUCAACAGCCACCAGCCUGGGAGUGGAAGCCAGUUCAGCCAUUCCGACGAUGACAGUCUCACCUGAUGUACCAGCUUCAGUAACCUUAAUGGUCACUAGUUCUGUGACAGACACCAGUACAACUUUUUCAACUCUGGUUGAGUCCCUGAAAGAACCAGAUACAACAAUCUCCUUGGUCACCCAUCCUGAAGAGUCCAGCCCAAUUGUUCCCAGGACAAUCCCCAAUGUUUCCCAUAGUGAAUCAGACAGCACACCCUCGAUGGCCACCAGCCUUGGGAUGGCAGCCAAUUCAGCCGUUGUAACUCCCACUCUCCCCCCUGAUGUAUCAGAUAUGGUGACCUCAAAAGCCACUAGUUCUGGAACAGAUGCCAGUAUAGUUAUUCCACCUCUGACUCUUUCUCCUGAUGAAUCAGCAAACACAGUAUCAUGGGUUACCCAUUCUGGAGCACAGACCAGUUCAGCCAUCCCAACUCCGACUGUCUCAGGGAUGGUGACCUCGCUGGUCACCAGUUCUGGGGCAGAGGCCAGUACAACUUUUCCAACUCUGACUGAUUCCUCACACAAACCAGAGACCACAGCCUCGUGGGUCACCCAUUCUGGGACAAAAGUCGGGAAAGCUGUUACAAUGCUGACUGUUUCCACUGGUGAGCCAGAUGCAACAGCGUCAUCAGUUACCCAUCCUGUGUCACAGACAAGUUCAGCAAUUCCAACUUUGUCUGUUUCCCCUGGAGUAUCAGGGGGGGAAGUAUCACUGGUCACCAGUCAUGGGGCAGAGACCAGUACAACUUUUUCACCUCUGACUGAUUCCCCACACAAACCAGAGACAACAGCCUCAUCGGUCACCCAUUCUGGUACAGAAGCCAGUUCAGCUGUUCCAACUCUGACUGUUUCCUCUGGUGAGACAGAUACAAUAGCUUCAUGGGUCACUCAUUCCACAGAGACCAGCAUACCUGUUUCCAGAACAACUCCAAAUUUUUCCUAUGGUGAAUCAGAUACCACACCCUCAAUGGCCAUCAGUCCUGGAGCAGAAGCAAGUUCACCUAUUCCAACUACAACUGUUUCUUCUGGUUUACCAGAUAUGAUGACCUCACUGGUCACCAGUUCUGGAGCAGAGACCAGUAUAACUUUUACAACUAUGACUGAUUUCCCACAUGAACUAGAGACCACAGCCUCAUGGGUGACUCCUUCUGAGACAGAAGCCAGUUCAUCUGUUCCAACUCUGACUGUUUCUUCUGGGGAGCCAGAUACAACAGUCUCAUUGGUCACUCAUCCUGAAAAGACCAGCCCAACUGUUCCCAAAACAACUCCCAAUGUUUCCCAUAGUGAAUCAGACACCAUGCCCUCAGCUGCCACAAGUUCUGAGGCAGAAUCCAGUUCAGCUGUUCGAGCUACAAGUGUCUCACUUGGUGUACUAGGGGUGGUGACCUCACAGGCCACUAGUUCUGGGGCAGAGACCAGUACAACUUUUCCAACUCUGACUGAUUACUCACAUGAACUAAAGACCACGGCCUCUUGGGUCACCCAUUCUGGGACAGAAGUCAGUUCAGCUGUGACAACUCUGACUGUUUCCCCUGGGGAGCCAGAAACAACAGUCUCAUUGGUCACCUAUGCUGCAGAGACCAGCCCAACUGUUCCACAAACAAUCCCCAGUGUUUCUCAUAGUGAAUCAAACUCGACACCCUCAAUGGCCGCUAGCCUUGGUGCUGAAGUCAGUUCAGCUGUUGCAACUCCCACCAUCUCCCCCGGUGUAUCAGAUAUGGUGACCUCACAGGUCACUAGUUCUGAGGCAGAUGCCAGUAUGGCUAUUCCAACUCUGACUCUUCCUCCUGGUGAACAAGUGACCACAGCCUUCUUGGUCACCCACCCCAGUGUAGAGACAAGCACAAAUAUUCCUGCUUCAACUGUUCUUCCUCAUUCACCAGAGACCACCCCCUCACCAUCCAUCCAACCUGGGUUGGAGAUCAGUGUAGCUCUUCCCACUCAGACUGUUUCCCUCAGUCCACCAGAAACAACAUCCUUCACCACACCUGUGACCGAGACCAGCAUAAUUGACCUAGGUUCAACUGUCUCACUUGCUGUUCCUACGGAAACAGCCUCACUCUCCACCCAUCCUGGGACAGACAUCAGCACAACUAUUUCAACUUCAACUCUCUCCCCUGAUUUACCAGAGACCACAGACUUAUUGGUCACCAUUCCUGCAGCAGAGGCCAGUACAAGUAUCCCAACUCUGACUGUUUCCCCUGCUGUUCUCAGGCCUGCCAGUACCCCUGCAACAGCUGGUGAGCCUCACACUGUAACAUCAUGGAGCACAGACACCUCACCACCUGCAACCUCAGUGGGACUCGAAGAAUUUACCGAGACUGUGACAGGGGACACUGUGACCUUGAUAGCAUCACAGACCCCAACACCACCUAAGACCAGUCAUGGAGAGGGAUCAGGUUCUACUACUAUCCUUAAAAGUACAACUGUUGAGACCACUAACUUAGCUUCCACAGGUUCAGGCCCCACAGUGGCCAAGACCGCAACCACCUUCAAUACACUGGCUGGAAUCCCCUUUGUCCCUGUGACCACAACUGGGACGUCCACCUUGGCCCCUGUGAGUGUGACUUCAGGAACAACUGCAAUUCCUUUCUUGAUGCCUUUUACCGUCAACUUCACCAUCACCAACCUGCACUACACAGAGGACAUGGGAAACUCGGGCUCUGAGAUAUUCAAUGCCACUGAGAGACACCUGCAGCACCUGCUCGAGCCCUUGUUCAAGAACAGCAGCAUUGGUUUCCUCUACACUGGCUGCAGACUGGCUCUGCUCAGGGCUGAAAAGGAUGAAACAAGCACCAAAAUGGACAUGGUUUGCACUUACCGCUCAGAUCCCACAGGCUUCAGGCUGGACAGAGAACGGCUGUACUGGGAUCUAAGCGAGCAGACUCAUGGUGUCACUCAGCUGGGCCCCUAUACCUUGGACAGGAACAGUCUCUAUGUCAAUGGUUAUAACCAUCGAUACUGGAUUCCCACCACUAGCACUCUGGUGACCUCCACAUUCUCUCCAGGGCCCCCAGCAUCUUUGACAUCCACCCCCAGCUCUACAGCAGCAGAUGUUGGUCCAGCCUUGGUGCUGUUUACCCUCAAUUUCACCAUCAUCAACCUGUUCUAUACAUCAGACAUGGGGCACCCAGGCUCUGCAAAGUUCAAUUCCACCGAGAAGGACCUGAAUCACCUGCUUGAUCCUUUGUUCAAGAACACCAGUGUUGGCUCACUGUACUCUGGUUGCAGACUGACCUUGCUCAGGACUGAGAAGAAUGGGGCAGCAACUGGAGUGGAUGCCAUCUGCACCUACCAUCCUGAUCCCGCGGGUCCUGGGCUGGACAGAGAAGAAUUGUACGAAGAGCUGAGUCAGCUGACUCAUGGUGUCACCCGCCUGGGCACCUAUACUCUGGACAGAGACAGUCUCUACGUCAAUGGUUAUAAUCGUCGGUACCGGACCCCUACCACCAGCACUCCAGUGACUUCUACAUUCUCUCCAGAAUCUUCCACAUCUCUCUCACCCAUCCUCAGCUCUACAGCUGCAGGCAUGAGCCCUUCUCUGGUGCCCUUCACCCUGAACUUCACCAUCACCAGCCUGCACUACACAGAGGACAUGGGGCCCCUGGGAUCCGAGCUAUUCAAGACCAUGGAAAGGAUCUUGAAUCGCCUGCUCAAACCCUUGUUCCAGAACAGCAGUAUCGGUCCCCUCUAUUCUGGCUGCAGAUUGACCUUGCUCAGGCCAGAGAAAAAUGGAACAGCCACUGGAGUUGAUGCUGUCUGCACUUACCGUCCUGAGCCUAUGGGCUCUAAGCUGGACAGAGAGAGGCUAUACUGGGAGCUCAGCCACGAGACUCAUGAUGUCACCCAGCUGGGCUCCUUCACGCUGGACAAGGACAGCCUCUAUGUCAAUGGUUACACCCAUCGGACCUCAGCGCCCACUCCCAGUGCUACUGUGACCUCCGUGCUUUUCCCACGGACCUCAGUGGUGCCAGCGCACUUCUCCAGCUCCACAGUUGCAAUCCCUUUCUUGGUGCCGUUCACCCUCAAUGUCACCAUCACCAACCUGCACUACGAGAAGGACAUGCAGCGCCCAGGCUCCUGGAAAUUCAACACCACAGAUAGGAUCCUGCAGGGUCUGCUCAAACGCUUGUUCAAGAAUAGCAGUCUGAGAUUCCUCUAUUCAGGCUGCAGACUAACCUCGCUCAGGCCUGAAAAGCACGAGACAGCCACUAGAAUGGAUGCCAUCUGCACAUAUCGCCAUGACCCUGAAGGCCCUGAACUGGACAGAGAGCGGCUGUACUGGGAGCUAAGCCAGAUGACUCAUGGUGUCACCAUGAUGGGCCCCUACACCCUGGACAGGAACAGUCUCUAUGUUAACGGUUUCACCCAUCAGAGUUCUGAACUCAUCAUCAGCACUCCUGGGACCUCCACAGUGGACCUGGGAACCUCUGGGACUCUAGCCCCCUUCUCCAGCCCCACAGCUACAAGCCCUACCCUGGUGCCAUUUACCCUCAACUUUACCGUGAUGAACGUGCAGUACAUGCCAGACAUGGGACAUCCAGGAUCUGCAAAGUUCAACAUGACAGAGAAGGUCCUGCAGCACCUUCUUGGUUCUUUGUUCAGGAGCACCAGUAUCGGCCCAUUGUAUUCCAGCUGCAGGCUGACGUCACUCAGGCCCGAGAAGGAUGGAUCAGCCACCAGAGUGGAUGCCAUCUGCACCUACCGCUCUGCGCCCACAAGCACUGGGCUACACAGAGAGCAGCUGUACUGGGAGCUGAGCCGUGAGACCCACAGCAUCACCCAGCUGGGCUCCUUCGCCCUGGACAAGAACAGCCUUUAUGUUAAUGGUUACACCCAUCAAGCCCUGACCUCCACUCCCAGCAUUGCUAUGGCCUCUACUAUCUCCCCAGCAUCUUCAGCGAUCCCAGUCCCCGUAGCCACAGGCACUGGUCCUCCUCUGGUGCCCUUUACUCUCAACGUCACCAUCACUAACUUGCACUUUGAGGAGGUCAUGCGUCGCCCCGGUUCCUGGAAGUUCAACACCACGGAGAGAGUCCUGCAGGACUUGCUCCGAUCUUUGUUCAAGAACACCAGUGUGGGCACCCUGUACUCCGGCUGCAGACUAACCCUGCUUAGGCCAGAGAAGAAUGGGAAAGCCACUGGAGUGGAUGCUGUCUGCACUCACCGCCCUGACCCUUUGGGCCCCGGGCUGGACAGAGAGCAGCUGUACUGGGAGCUGAGCCAGCUGACACAUGGUGUCACUCAGCUGGGCCCCUACACCCUGGACAAGGACAGUCUCUACAUCAAUGGUUACACCCGCAAGACUCAGGCUACCACCCCCAGCACUUCUAUGGUGGUCACAGUUUCUGCAGGGAUGUCAACCGCCUUCUCCAGUUCCGCAGCUACUGGCCCUGCUCUGAUGCCCUUCACCCUCAACUUUACCAUCACCAGCCUGGGCUACACAGAGGACAUGCAGCCGGGCUCUGCCAAGUUCAACUCCACAGAGGCAGUCCUACAACACCUGCUCAAGCCCUUGUUCACCAGCAGCAGCAUCGGUUCACUCUAUACUGGCUGCAAACUGACCACGCUAAGGCCUGAAAAUGGUGGAGCAGCCACGGGAGUUGAUGCCAUCUGCACCCACCGUCCUGACCCUGCAGGCCUCAGGCUGGACAGGGAGCGGCUCUACUGGGAGCUGAGCCACCAGACCCAUGGUGUCACCCAGCUCGGUUCCUACAUCCUGGACAGGGACAGUCUCUAUGUCAACGGUUACACCAGACCAGCUUUGACCUCCACCCACAGUGUUUCUGUGGCGUCCACACCCUCCUUGAGAACAUCCACGGCACCAAUCUCCCUCUCCAGCUCUACAGUCUCUGGACCUGACCUGGUUCCCUUCACCCUUAACUUUACCAUCAUCAACCUGCGCUACAUGGAGGACAUGCAGCCUCCUGGCUCAGCGAAGUUCAACAAAAUAGAGAAGGUUUUGCAGCGCCUGCUCAGACCCUUGUUCAAGAAUACCAGUGUUGGUCCCAUCUACUUUGGCUGUAGACUAACUUCGCUCAGACCUGAGAAAGAUGGAGCAGCCACUGGCGUGGAUGCUGUCUGCACCCACCACCCUGACCCCGUGGGUCCAGGGCUGGACAGAGAGCAGCUGUACCGGGAGCUGAGCCAGUUGACCCAAGGCAUCACCAAGUUGGGUCCCUACACCCUGGACCAGAACAGUCUCUAUGUCAAUGGUUACACCAACCAGACUUCAGAAACUACUCCCAGUGCCACAGAACCACCCCUGGUGCCUUUCACCAUCAACUUCACCAUCACCAACCUGCACUAUUUGGAGGACAUGUGGCCUCCAGGCUCUUUGAAAUUCAACACCACAGAGAAGUCCCUGCAGUCCCUGCUUAGACCCUUGUUCAAGAACACCAGUGUGGGCCCCCUGUACUCCGGCUGCAGACUGACUCUGCUCAGGCCUGAGAAGAAUGGGGCAGCCACUGGAGUGGAUGCUGUCUGCACUCACCGCCCUGACCCCAAGGGCUGGAGCCUGGACAGAGAGCGGCUGUACUGGGAGCUGAGUCAGCUGACACAUGGUGUCACUCAGCUGGGCUCCUACACCCUGGACCAGGAGAGUCUCUACAUCAAUGGUUACACCCACAAGAUCAAGGCCGCCACCCCCAGCAGUUACAGUCAUCCAGCCUUAGCCACCACCCCAAAUACCCCUGGCCUCACCCUGGCGUCUUUCACCUUGAACUUCACCAUCACCAACAUGCAUUACACAGAGGACAUGGGGCGCCCAGCUUCCUCAAAGUUCAACGCCACUGAGAGGAUCCUACAACACCGGCUCCGGCUCUUGCUCAAUAAGACCAGUAUCGGUCCCCUCCACACUGGUUGCAGACUGGCCUCACUCAGGCUUGAGAAGGGUGGAGCAGCCACCAGAGUGGACAUUGUGUGUACUUUUCACUCUGACCCUGCGGGGCCUGAACUGGACAGAAAGCGACUCUACUGGGAGCUGAGCAAUGAGACACAUGGCAUGACACAGCUGGGCUCCUUCACCCUGGACAGGGAAAGCCUCUGUGUCAAUGGUUACACCUAUGGAGCUAUAGCCCCGACUACUACCACUGGAGAGGUCAGUGAGGAACCAUUCACAGUGAACUUCACCAUCGACAACCUGCGCUACUCAGCGGACAUGGGUCGCCAUGGCUCCCUCAAGUUCAACAUCACAGACACCCUCAUGCAGCACCUGCUCAGCCCAUUGUUCCAGAGGAGCAGCCUGGGUCCCCGCUAUGCAGGCUGCAAGGUCACUUCCCUAAGGUCUGUGAAGAAUGGUGCCAAGACAGGAGUGGACAUCCUCUGCACCUACCGGCAACCCCCUAGUGGCCUGGGUCUGCCUGCCAAGCAAGUGUUCCAUGAGCUGAGCCGGCAGACCUGUGGCAUCACCCGGCUGGGCCCCUAUUCUCUGGAUAAAGACAGCCUCUACCUCAAUGGUUAUAAUGAACGUGGUCCGGAUGAGCCUCCUACAACUCCUGAGCCGGUCACCACGUUCCUGCCCACUUCCUCAUUACCUGUGCAACCAGAAGCCACCACAGCUUUGGGACACAACCUAAAGACCCUCACAGUCAACUUCACCAUCUCCAACCUCCAGUAUUCAACAGACAUGAGCAAUGGCUCAGCCAUGUUCAACUCUACUGAGAGGGUCCUGCAGAGCCUGCUUGGAUCCUUGUUCAAGAAGAGCAGCCUGGGCCCCUUCUACUCGAGUUGCAGGCUCAUCUCCCUCAAGCCUGAGAAGGAUGGGGAGGCCACCAGCGUGGACGCUGUCUGCACCUACCACCCUGACCUCGUGGGCCUCGGGCUGGACAGAAAGCAGCUGUACUGGGAGUUGAACCAGCUGACCCACGGUGUCACCCAGAUGGGCCUCUACACCCUGGUCAGGGAUAGCCUCUUCAUCAAUGGCUAUGCCCCCAAGAGUUUAUCUAUCCAGAGAGAGUACCAGCUAAAUUUCCGCAUCAUCAACUGCAACCUCAGCAGCCUGGAACCCACGUCCUUGGAGUACACCGCCCUGCUGAUGGACAUCCAGGACAAGGUCACCAAGCUCUACAGAGGAAGCCAGCUACGAGACAUAUUCAUCUCCUGCCUGGUCACCGACUUGACGUUGGAUUCCAUGUUGGUCACCAUCAAGGCACUGUUCUCCUCCAAUCUGGACACGAGUGUGGUGAAGCAGAUCUUUCUAGACAAGACCCUGAAUGCUUCAUCUCACUGGCUGGGUGCCACCUACCAGUUGGCGGACAUGCAUGUGACAGAAGUGGAGCCGACAAUUCAUCUACCGACAGACAAGCCAACAAGUAGUCCCAGCUCCCAGCACUUCCAGCUGAAUUUCACUGUCACCAACCUACUUUAUUCCCAGGACAUCGCCCAGCCAGGCACCAGCAAACACCAGCAGAACAAGAGAAGUAUUGAGGCUGCGCUCAACCAGCUCUUCCGAAACAGCAGCAUCAAAAGCUAUUUUUCUGACUGUCAAGUUUCAGCAUUCAGGUCUGUCCCCCACAGUGACCACACGGAGGUGGACUCCCUAUGUGCCUUCUCACCAUUGGCACAGAGACUGGACAGAGUUGCCAUUUAUGAGGAAUUCCUGCGGCUGACCCAGAAUGGUACCCAGCUGCAGAACUUUACCCUGGACAGGAAGAGUGUCCUUGUGGAUGGAUAUUCUUCCAACAGAGAUGACACCUUGACUGAGAGUCCUGACCUCCCCUUCUGGGCCAUCAUCCUCAUCUGCUUGGCAGUACUCCUGGUGCUUGUCACAUGCCUGAUCUGCUGUCUCCUGCUCACCAUCUGCCGGCGGAAGAAGGAGGGCGGCUACCAAGUGCAACAACAACGCCUGGGCUAUUACCUGCCCCACCUUGACCUGCGGAAGCUGCGAUGACUAGAUCUGCCUGAGACCCCUUUUUCCCAGCCGGGGUCCAGAGGAGCUUGGCUGGAACAGAAAUAAACCACAUUGGUCAGACACAGCCUUCAGGCUUUUCUAAACUUGACCCCUGACUGGUUCACAGGGGACUCAGAUAAAAGGUUUCCCCUUCUUUAAGACCUGAAGGCAACUGAAACUUCUGUCCUGUGGCUUCACACCAUUUCAUCCCUCAGGGACACGAGAACUGGUGAAACUGGCACAGAGAUUGCUGUCAUAUAAAAUCAAAUCCCCACCUCAGUGCGAGGUUUCCUUUCUCAGGCAACUUUGGAGCACUCUCCCCUUGCCUCUGUGCCAGCCAUCACACCCCUCUCAUUUAUUCCGUAUUUUCCCAUGCCCUUGAAGCCUUGGCAGUCUCAGGUUUCCAAUAUCUGCUUCAUUCUCUGAAGCUCAGGUUCACCAGGACUUCCAGAUCCAUCUGCCUCGGUGGCUCCUCUCCCUGCUCAUAGGUCCUUCAAGAUGGGAAACAGGCCAAGAUGGAAGGAGUGGGUCAGACGUGACUCUGCAGUCACAUUGGGACCUGGGAGCUGAAAUGACUAGGUGUCUGGGAAGCCUGAAUCCCAGAGUAACACCAAGGCUCUAGAAGGAGAGUGUCUGCUUUGGAUGUACAAAUGAAUAAAACUCUGCUGUAAAAAUCUGAGGGAAAAGAAAGACAGUCUUUUUUUCAUCUUUCUCUGCACAGAAUCCAUCUAGACUUACAGUAGAUGCUCCCCAACAAGCAGCCCAGAGCAUCCCAGGCGUGAGGCAGGCUGCACUGUCCUGUGGUGGGUUUGCAGGAAUCAAUUAUUUCAACUGUACACGCUUUGCAGACCACAGCUGAAGCUCCCCAAGGGCUAAGAAU